AUGGGCGUUUGCGAGAAGACGCCGACGGAAGAGUGGUGGUUUGAUGAAAACCCAACUACCGAAGGCGAGACUGUUUUAAUCACCCCCGACGAUCCUUUCGAAGGUUUGGUGGAGAUGAUUCGUAUCAGGCUCGAUCUUGGAGUUCUCACUCUGGUGGCAUUGACAUAUCAGCUCCCUGAUUGGAUGCUCCUUCCCGAAGGACCAAGGACUCCACCAGUUACUCUGGCUACCGAUAAGGACGUCGAGACAAUGUUGAGCGUGAGGGAGUAUAUGACCAAGCCGGUGAUGUACGUGACUAGUGAACCUGAGCUAGUCGCUAAAUAUCAGUUUCUUUGUUGCUCUCCUUUCAAAAUUGGAGAGAAGAGUUUCCUAGGAGAAGGGGUAAUCGAAGAACAUCAUCACCAAGCUAUUAAAGGUUCGUCUCGACGUCAAGAUCAUGUUGGAGAUGUUUUCAACAAGCUUAAGCUCCUGAUUGUUUUCCAGAUUGCUCUUGAAAUAGAGAUGGUUUAUGCACCAACUCGUGAAGAAAGGGAGGAAUUUCCUCACUUAACAGUGGAAGAUAUGAUCUCCAUCCAGGAAGGUGAACCCAUGACCAACGAUUCCCAAAACAACAAUGUCCAGAGCCAAGAAGAUCAAAACCAUCAAGACAAUGUCUCGCCAGUCCCCCGUCCAACGAAUGGUGCAUUAGGCCUUCCCAUUGGUCCUAAUCUGAGGGUCACAGCCCCCCCCCCCCCAACCCCAAAUACGGUUCUGGUUGCUGAUGAAGAUGACACGUCUUACACUGGUUCGUCCGACGGUUUAAACGACGGUGAGAAUAACAGUGGUUUACCUCCAGAAAUACCGAUCUCAGAAAACAUGAUCAGCAUCUCCGAUGCACUCGAACAAGGUUAUGUACUGGAUGUUACAGGAGCGGAACCACCGCCUAUAGAGAAUGGGAACACAGCCACAUUAAGCCAACUCCGAAAUGGUGGAACUCGUACUGCUAUUCCAAGCAAUGGAGGACCAAGUCUCGAUCUCACUCUUGGCAUUGGGGUCAAUAACAACCAUGGCAGUGAAGCAAUCAUCGAAAUUGAGGCUGACGGGGACAGUGGUGGGUUUGGGUCUGAUCCUUUCUUUUAA